AGAGCGUGGCUCUUGAGACUCCUUCACAAGAAGCAGAGCGGAGGGGCGUGGCCACAUCUGGGGGCGUGGCCAGCACCUCCUCCCUCCAUAUAGCUCUGGGGCGGUCGGGCGAGCGAGUGGAUGCCCCUUUUCCUGCGGUCUCCCUCCCUCGGCCAUGACCCUGAGGAGGCUCCGGCGGCUCCGGCCCGGGCAGCAAGAGGCCGAGGCGGCCCUGGCGAUGGCAGCGGAUGGGAGCCGAGCCUCGGAGGUGGAGCUGGAGAAGGCGCUGGCGGCCUCGGGGGGCACCUUGCCCAGGGCCAGGCGGGGCUCCGGAUUCAAAUGGCGUUCUCUCAGCCAGUCGCCUGAGCAGCACAGGAAGGUGAUUACGCUGGAGAAGGAAGAGGGACAAGCCUUUGGUUUUGAGAUUCAGACAUAUGGGUUACACCACCAGGACACAAAACGUGUGGAGAUGUUCACCUUUGUAUGCCGUGUACAUGAUAGUAGCCCAGCACAGGUAGCUGGACUUAAACCUGGAGACACAAUCACUGCUGUGAAUGGGCUCAAUGUGGAGGGGAUCCGCCACCGUGAAAUUGUGGAAAUCAUCAAGGCAUCUGGAAAUGUGCUCAGGUUAGAAACCUUGUAUGGCACAUCAAUCCGGAGAGCAGAACUGGAGGCCCGCUUGCAGUACCUCAAGCAAACACUUUAUGAGAAAUGGGGAGAGUAUCGGUCGUUAAUGGUCCAAGAGCAGCGUCUGGUCCAUGGAAUUGUGGUGAAAGACCCCAGCAUCUAUGACACCUUGGAGUCUGUGCAUUCCUGCCUGUAUGGCACUGCCUUGGCAAGAGGCUCCAUGCCUUUCAGGAUGUUGUUGCCAGGAGCCAAUAGCACAUACAGCAGUGUGGGCUGUGUCAGCACUGCCACCGAUGAGAGUGAGGACUCUCUUUACCAGACCUGCUUUUUUGACUCUGCCAAUUCACUGGACAUUGUCCCUACAACUGGCCAGUCCUCGCACCCCAGGCCAGCACUCACCCGCAGUGCCAGUGUCAAAUGCAGCAGCAGCAAUGGAAAUGCCCACUUCUGGGACAAGUCAUGCGAACAGAAGAAUUCCUUAGCGACAUCAAGGCCCAGGAAGAGUAAACAUGGAAGCUUCCGCAAGAGAUUACUCAAGUUUAUCCCUGGAUUGAAUCGUUCUCUGGAAGAAGAGGAGAGCCAGUUGUAAAAAGACAUGCAUAGCUGGAGCAAUGGGGUGGGGCCAAGAGGCCUACACCCUUCCAAUAUGACUAUUUAUUUAUUUAUUUGACUGACAAGAGGAUUUGGCCAUUCUUUGAGGUGGUUAAAAGGGACAGUAGCUUCCAAGGAAGAUCCAAAUUUUGGCAGUCAGCCUGUGCUUUAAGGCAAUUGUUCUCAUCCUUUGACCCUCCUUAUUUGACACUUCAGCUCUCAACAUACCUCAUCAUUGGCCAUGUUGGCUGGGGAUUCUGGGGCUUGCAAUUCAGAACAUCUGGAGCACCAAAGGGUCAGAACCACUGCUUUACAAGGUAUAGAUUGUACUGAAUAGAUCUGGUUUUCCCUUUGUUUAGGCAGCUUCAAUUUUCAGGAAAUUAGCUCAUGGGGUGGGAGAAACGAUGGGUCUUCAUGGAAGCAGUGGGAGAUGUCAGGAGACCUCAAAGGAAAUGUAGCACUUUGUAAGACCAAAGAAGCAGAAGUGAGCUGGCAUUCAUUUCUGGGAGGAUAUGAUUCCUUUCUGGAAAGGGAAUAUACCAAUCUGUUAAUGCUACCAAGGUUGUUCCUUGAUGAAGAGAGGGGAGCAGGAGAGGACUUCUGGAAAGGGGUGGAACUAGGAAUCUGAAAACGGAUUUAGCUGUAAAAUAGCAGGGAUUAAAAAAAAACUUCUGGAGAGCUUGGGUGGUCUGGGAUUGUAAACUGUGGACUUCGUUUUAGGACUUAAAAGGACAUUAGCAGAAUUGACAUGUUGACCUAGGGCUUGAAGUAGGAUUUGAGGUUUAGAGGUUCAAGUUUAUUUAAGAAAUAGUAUGGGGGAUAUAUCCAAUCCUUGGAUAAAAAUGGGUUUUGUGGGAGGAGUUUCAGAUCUAUAGAGGGCUUCAGGAAAUCUUCACACCCUGAUACUUGCCAGCAAAAACAGUUGUAGGACAAGAGCACAUCUGUGUCUCCAUCCCUGGACCAACCCUUUUCCUUCCAGUCUGGGGUAUUUUGCUUUGCAGCCAUGCUCAAGAGACAGAACUGUUAAACUAGUGGAUGUCUCCUUGCCACGUAGGCCCAAGCUUCUCUGGCAAGAAGCAAUGUGUCACCUAUUCUAAUGACAUUCUGGUAUCAAAAUCCAGCUGCAACAUAUGGAAAUCCCCCCUCCACCUCCAAUUGGUGUGUCUGUGGUUUCUAAACAGCCAAUCUCUAUCUAAUCGGUUCAGAGGAGCACUCUUUCACAAGCCACAUCCUGCCUGUCUCCUCGCCUCCAGAGGCCAGAUUCCAGUUCCCCCACAGCCUCCUUCCAGCCCUUAAAAAACUCCAGAUGCUCUUAAAGAUUUUUUUUUCUGUUUAUAGAACAAAUUUCAAAAGAGUGCAGUCAGAAGGGGAGGGCUGUUUUUUUCCCCACCAGCCUCACAUAAAGCACAACUUGAAAGACAUUCUGGCCCCAGGAAGGAGAGCAUCUACCUUACAGGAUUUUAACUGUGCUUAUUAGAUUUAGAUUUGAAGAUGUUUCUGAGGAAGCUUGUCUAUCAGACAGCCCUUCAGAAUUAGAAGUAAUGAAAGACACCAAGUGUGUAGUGUAGACUCUGCCUUCAGUGAGUCCCAGACCAAGAGUCCUCCCUUUGGGGGCUACAUUGGUCCAAUAGGGUCAAAGCUUGGAGAUGUUGCUUUUUUGGACUACAACUCCCAGUUUUCCCCAGCCAGCAGGCUGCCUGGAGAAUUCAAGUAGCUGAGGUCCAAAAAGGAACUUUUCUGAGUCCUACCUCCAGUUUUAACUAACUUUGCUUGUAAACAUUAGGAAAGCCAGCCUGGAGAAGGUAUGACUCUUGCAAUAUCAUCAUUAAAAAAAGGCCCUCCUAGACAAUAGCACCUCAAAACAGAAACAGUUAAUCUCUGUCUCUCCAGACAUUGCUAGACCACAGUUCCUUACCAUUGGUCAUUCUGGCCAGGAGGUUGGAGAGUUUAAGGCCAAAAUAUGUGGUAGGCCAGAGGCUGACCUGGAACUAAUCCAAGAGGGGGGGAAACGGGGUCUGGGUUAUUAACCUAAAGCAAGUGGGAGGUGGAACAGUCCUGAUUUUGUUUUUAAAUGCUUUUCUAGUCUCUUCAGGGAUGGCUUAACCAGUGUGGAGUUUUGUUCUUCAAUGUGCAGUUUUUUGCAAUGGUAGCUGAAUCUUAUCUCAGGAAAUAGCUGCAGGAAGGGGAGGGGUUAAUACAGCAUAAAAAGAAGAAGUGGACCAAGUAUAUACAUUGACGUGUCUCGAACGGAGGUAACCACAUCCCCUGAAUGAAAGCAAAGCAAGGCCAGGAGUGGGAGGAUGCUUGGUUGGUACAGCUUAUAUUUGCAUAAAAGUGUGACCCAAGGAGACACAAGGCUGUUAUUUGUACACACACACACAUGCAUCAAUUUUCAGAUGUUAACUUUUGGAUAAAUAUACCAAGACUUUUUGCAUUCAGGUGAUGCUGCUGUUUCUUUGUAUUGUCUUAGCCAGCAGUUGUACAUGCACAGUGGCUUUUCUGAUGUUUCUGAAAUAGGAACACUGCUGCAUUGGGUUGGUGGUUCCUUGAACUGCACAGAUGACUGGGAUAACUACUGUAUGUCAGAAAGAGUUAAUGCCUCACCAAAUUGGAAUGAAGGAAAGGAAUGGUUUGCUACAGCCAGAAACUGAUGGGUGUUUAGUUAGGAUUUUGAGAGCAGAUGGAUCUCUUCUUCUAGAGCUGUUUAUGACUGGGAAUUUUCCCUCCUCCCUCUCCCACCAGAGUCUUGAGCUGCAUGCUGGAGCCCUAGCAAGUCAGUGAUUCCUCAAUAUUGCUGAGUUUGAGGCUUUCUGUCUCUGCAAUCUUUGGUUCUGUGUUCUAAAACCGGGAGUUCCUGAACUGGCUGGCCGUGUAUUCACAUGCGGUUCCCUUUAAUUGCAUAGGGGACUGUUCUGUUUUCAUUGACAACCCAAAAUAAACCAGAUCAAAAAGAUCUCUGCUUAAGUUUAGCUUCAAAAUGAGCAGGUGCCAUUUUAUGGAAAGAAUUGCCACCACAUUUAAAUCUGGUCCUGCUACUGUGCUUUUCAAAGGCCAUGCAGCUUUUAAAGGAGUUUCUCUUCUACUGCUUAGCUCCAUAUCAAAAAAAAGCUGGUGACAGGCUCUGUAGGUGAUCCUCACUUUCGGCACAGCUUGAAAAGGGUGACCUUUAGACUGCAGUUCCCAGAAUCAAGUGAACACUACCAGGAUGGCCAUGUUAGCUGGGGAUUCUGUGAGCUGAAGUCCAGAAAGUCUGUCUUUCGAGCACUUGAUGCAACUGUCAGAAGAAGGCAACAAAAAACAACUCAGGGCUAAAUCAGAAGGAGUGGGAUUAUAUUUAGUAGACAAGGGAAACAAUUUAUCAAGGUUUUGACUUCAAAUUGUACCAGGAAGAACCUUUAAACUACCAGCUAAGGUAGUACGAGUCUCCGUUUCUUUUUCUCUCAUAUUCAGAGUUUUAAAAUCUCAAGUUUUUUACAUGUUGUUUGUGAAAAAAAUACAGAUUUUGGAAAGUUCUUUUUAAAAAUAAACAACAAACUUCUCAACAUC